AUUUCAAAACUGCUCUGCACAGCCAGCAAGCGGCUCAGUUAACCCGUGUCCAUCGCGCCAGCCACAACAGCAGCCAGUGCUCCCAGUGCUCACAGUGCUCCACCAGCCAGGCAUACAACACACAGUCUCCAGGCACCCAGGCACCCAAGCAGUCAUGAGCCAGUUCGGCGGAGCAGCCACACGGCCACGCAAUUGGACACUUCGUGGCGCCGUGCUCCUCCUGGCGCUGCAGCUGCUCCAGACCCCAAGCGCCCUGCAGCACACCGAGGAGGGUCUCGAGUUGCUCUUUCGCGAGCGCUCACAGUCGGAUUGGGAGAACGUUUGGCAUCGGGAGACGCAUUCGCGAUGUCGGGACAAGCUGAUCCGGCAGCUCUACUGGGCCUGCGAGAAGGACAUCUACCGCCUGACGCGGCGCAACCGGAAGAGGGGCGGCGACGAGGCGUGGGUGAAGAGCAGCUCCAAUCCUGCUGUGGGCGGUGCCGCCUCUACCUGGCUGCACGUGAACUAUGCGAACAUGUUGCUGCGCAGCAGACGCUCCGAUGCGCCCUCCAUUACCAACGAGUGCUGCACCAAGGCCGGCUGCACCUGGGAGGAGUACGCCGAGUACUGCCCCUCGAACAAGCGCCGCAAUCACUACUGAGUGCCCCCGAGUUGCGCUCCCUAAUAUUAUAUACCCUAUACAUAUAACAUAUAUACAUGCAUAUAUACAUAUAUAUAUAUAUAUAUACACGAUAUAACUAUAAUGGUUUUUUUUUCUCUCUA